ACACACAGUUUACAGUGGACAGAUGGUGAAUGCUCCACCCUCAAAGAUAAAAUUGCAACAGUACACUCACCCUACUGCCUUAGUGAAGAGACAUGAAUGUGUAUAUAUCUGUGUCUGUGUGUAUGUGUGCGUGUUAAAGAGAGAGAGAAAGAGAGAAAGAGAGAGAGAGAGAUAGAGAGAGAAAAAAAAGGUAGGGGUGGCAAAUUAGUGACCUGACACUCCCCUCGAAGCAUCUCAGCCGCGUGACAGAAGAAGCAAGACCACAUUAUCUGUGUGCAUGAAUGAGCGCGGGAGACAGAAAGAGGAAGUUGAGCGCGCGUCAGACCCAGGAGACCAGCGGGGACUGCAAGAUGAAGAGCAUCCUCACCGAUGCCCUCUCGGACUUCUUAUUCGAGUACGAGACCCCCCGCCAGGUGCUGGUGAAGAGCAAGCGGGUGGGAAUCGUGUGCCGAGUGAUCCAGCUGGUGGUCCUGGCUUACAUCAUCGGGUGGGUGUUCAUCUAUGAAAAGGGUUACCAGAUCACGGACACGGCCAUCAGCUCGGUCUUCACCAAGGUGAAAGGCGUGGGGUACACUCAGGUGGACGGCAAGGAGCAGGUGUGGGACAUGAGUGACUACGUCUUCCCAGAACAGGGGGACGGUUCUUUUGUGGUGAUGACAAAUUACAUUGUGACCUUGGGACAGAAGCAGGAUAAAUGCCCAGAGCUUCAAGGGAAGUUCACCUGCAAAUCUGACGAGGACUGCAAAGAAGGAGAAUAUAAACGUACGGGACAUGGGCUGAUGACCGGAAAAUGUGUGCAAGAGACCGAAACUUGUGAAGUCUUUUCCUGGUGUCCUGUUGAAGAUGACACUAAAAUCCCAGCUCCACCUCGUUUGAUGGCAGCAGAGAAUUUCACGUUGUUCAUCAAAAACUCAAUCACCUUUCCAGAAUUUGAGGUUGUACGAAGCAAUCUGGUGGAAGGCGUGGACAAAAAUUACAUCAACACGUGCAUCUACAACCAGACUAGUGACCCUCUGUGUCCCAUAUUCAGACUGGGAGACAUUGUGACGAUGUCGGGAUUCAGCUUUGCUCAGAUAGCACCUGAGGGUGGAGCCGUUGGGAUUCUCGUUGACUGGACCUGUGAUCUUGACUGGGACGUGAAACACUGUAAGCCAGUUUAUAGCUUCCAUGGACUGUAUGCGACCGGGAAAGGUCCGGAAGACAUGCAAGCCUCCAUGGGCUAUAACUUCAGGAAAGCAAAAUAUUACAUGGACGGCAACGUUGAAAAAAGGACUCUCACCAAAGUAUUUGGAAUCCGGAUAGACAUUUUGGUUCGAGGACUGGCAAGAAAAUUUGACAUCAUUCCAACACUAACAGCCAUUGGGUCAGGUGUGGGAAUUUUUGGAGUGGCAACUGUAGUAUGUGAUCUGGUGCUUCUAUAUAUACUGCCCAAGAGAGACUUCUAUAAGAACAUGAAAUUCAAGAACACUACCAUCCAGGAACAGGCACCGGUCAUAACAGACAAGGAAUCAGAUGAGGUAGCAACGUUUCCCAUUGUUGUGAGAUGAACAGGAAUGAAGGAAGAAGAGCGGAGCCUUGCUGCUCUGGGCCUUUGGCUGUGCACUGAUAGAUUUAGCACUGGACACUCAAGAGGGGGCAGCAAGGCAGCGAUGGAAUUUGCCACAUGGAAAAAAACAUUAAUAUACUGUGCCCUCCAAAAGUAUGGCAGCGCUAGAGUGAAAUUAGUUAUUUUUGCUAUAUACUUACGAUUUGGAUUUGAGAUGAGAAGAUGAAUAUGAGACAAAAGUACAGACAAUCAGCUUUUAUAUCAUGGUAUUUAUGUGUGUAUGUUUUACCACAAAAACAUCUUUUCGUUCGUGUUGAGUCACUCCAAUUUUUCAGCUGUGCUAAAGUUAACGGAUGACUAACUGGUGUUAACUGUCGCUCAGGUGUUUUCAUUUGCAUGGAUUGUUCACACGUAAAAGAGCAGUGCGUGUCUAGUCUUGGCUGAGACCUUUGUUUUCAUCUGUGGAGACAUUUGGAGUCAGAAUGUUACACCAUCAAGACAGCCGGAGGACCAACUAUGGCUGAAAAACAACUGAUCUGUAAGCUGAGAGGACAGAAGAAUACAUUAAGAAAGAUAGCACAGAAACUGAGUAUAUCAAGUAAAGCAGUUUGGAAAGUGGCAGCUGCAGGCCACCGUACGCAAAAGACUUUGAGAGCAGAAUUAUAGAGGCUGCACUGCAAGUUGCAAACCUCUCAUCAGCAGCAAGAAUCGAAAGGCCAGAUUAGAGUUUGUUCUGUGCUGGAGGAAAGGAGGUGUGAAAUAUGAAGGAGGUAGUGGGUGUAUCCUAAUUCUCAAAAAAUGUAUCCUCCUUUCCUGCAAUACCAUGUCAUCUUCUCCGAAACCGAUCUAUGUGUCCUACCUCCCUCCAGUAUCCCAGUAUUGCAGGAAAAGAG